AAUGCUGGAAUUAUGAGCCAGUAAAACGUCCAAAUAUAAAUGAGGUAGUUUUAUCGCUCAAAGAAUUAGUUUCACUCAAAAAACAUGAGGUUGUAACUGAAAUAAGUUAUGAAGAUUAUAAUAAAGGAAGUACUUCAUUUAUGAAUUUAACCAAUUUAAGAUUAUAG